CCGGUGCAACUUUCAAGUGGGAACAGGGGGCGAGUCUGUGGACCUCUUCUUCUUGCUACUCCUCUUCUGUGUGUUGGAGAGAGAGAGUGUGAGAGAGACCCGGGGCGCGCGAAAUCGCUGGCCUUGAAAGAGCUGGCGACAAACCAGGAGGUGAGAAAGAAGGGCGUCGUUAGGCUCGUCCAAGACGCCGCACGGUUCUGCGAUGAUGAACGUCGUCACACGCUUCUGGUGGGCCGUUGCGCUACAGCUGUGCUUGGCGAUGUGUUUUAGCGGCGUGUCGUCGACCCCAAGCUUCCCGGGCUGCGACCUCAUGAAGCCGGAGGAUGCUUUGUCCCUCGGGGAUGGGGUCUGCGACAUGCUCUACAACAUCCAGGAUUGCGGCUACGACGGAGGAGACUGCUGCCCCUGCACGUGCCUGGGCAGAUGGGACCGGGAGAAAGAUUCGGACUACGCGUGUGGCUCGAGCGGCUAUCACUGCCUCGACCCAACGGCUCCCUGCUUGGCCGAGCACGAGACAGCGCUCCGCGAGCUGCAGUCGGGAUCCGACGCGGCCACAGGGUCCACCUACACGGACGACGGAUCUAACACGGGCGAAGGAUCUUACGCCAGCGAAGGGUCGUACACGGACGAAGGAUCUAAUACGGGCGAAGGAUCUUACGCCAGCGAAGGGUCGUACACGGACGAAGGAUCUAAUACGGGAGAAGGAUCGAGCACGGACUCGCGUAGCCCCACAUCGGCCCCCACCGGGGCCCCCACCCUGUUUUCCAACCAGGACGUGGUGGACGCCUUUUCCACUGCCGCCGAUGGCCUCUCAGGCAGCGCCGUCGGGGCGAUCGUUGGGGUGUGCCUCGUCGUCGUGCUCGUCGGUGGUGCGAUCUACCUCUACAAGAAGAAGCAGGGUGGUAGUGGAGGCGGCGGCAGCAAUGCCCCUAACUAUGCGGCCGCAGACUCGGCGAGCCUCACGUAG